UGUGUGUGUGUGUGUGUGUGUGCUCCCUUUGUGGCUUCUGAGGGUGAGCCUGGCCCAUCUUGAACAUGAGUGUUGAACAUGAGUGUUCAUAAGUGAGACCCUCAGAGUCAAACUCCAUCUGACUGAAUGAUGAUCUUCAGAGUGAUUCUGUUUAUUAGCCUCGCUGUGGUGUGUGUGGUGUGUGUUCCUGCGGUGAACAUGAGUGUCCGGCUCCAGCAGAACGUCUCUCUGCCCUGUGACUCUCAUAGUAACUCCAGCACUGUCCUGGCCUGGUUCCGGCUCGGCCCCGGGGAGAACAUGGCUUUACUGCUGUCUGCCAGUAGAGGAGUCCUGAAGAGAGAUGAGUUUAUAGUCGAACACAACAUGGAGCGAAGCCAGUUUGAGCUUCAGGCCCAUGGGCGACUGGAGUCUGUGAGUCUGAGGAUCUUCAGCGUCAGAGAUGAGGAUCUCGGCCUGUACUUCUGCUCUACUGGAACCAGUCUGAAGAACAUGCACUUCGGGACCGCAGUCAGACUCACACUCACAGUUAAUGCACUGGUUAAGUAUGUGUGUAGUAGUUCCUCUUAUUCACGGCUCUGCUGGUUUAACUUGUUUUUGCAGGUUUCUCCUCCUAAGGAGACGAUCCCAGCUCAGCCCGUCAGCCCACGGCCGGUUGGUGUGUUUGAGACUGACGUGCAGGAGCCUCUGACUGCAGAGGCUGCUUCGGGGUGCUGUGCUGCCAGACCGGGGUCACUGCCGCCCACUGUGGGAACCAGGAGGAAGAGGCGCUCUGAGGCUGUGAGGAGACGGAGCUCACGCUUGCCCUCCAUCGGGAAAACACACGAGGCUCUCGAUGACCGGCGACAGGACGCGCUCAACACCCAGCCGGAGGAGCAGCGGGUUGCACCGGACGAGCAGAACAGGGAGUUUGAGCUGGAUGUGUCCGAGGUCCAGCACUCGACACCGGAUCCUCCCGUCAGACCGAGCCGAAGGAGGAAACCCACCCAGACCAAACCGGAGCGUGGCCGCAGACCAGACCGGGCCCUGCUGAAGAAACCCUGGGAGAACCCCAAACCCAGAGCGCGCUCCAAAAGCCGUGAGCGUUCCCAGAGCCGGUCCCGAGCGCCAGCCGAGAGCCUCAACUCCUCGCUGGGCGGCAACGACACCUUCGACUUUGACUGUGAGGAGGCCAUUCAUCUGACACCCUUCAGAACCGGACACAAGCCUGCGGACAGACCGAGUGACCCUGCGGAGAGACCGGGUCACCCUGCGGAGCGACCGGGUGACCCUGCGGAGGAAGAGGAGGAGGCCGACAGCAGCUUCUCCGAUGAUGAAGAUGAUUCCCCUUACAUGCCAAAGAGGAAGACCAGAAGGACUCGAAGUUCUCCGGCCAGACGCACUCGGUCCAAACGUCGCUCCGUUCAGGAGAAGAACCGGAACCAGCACUCAGAGAACAACAGGGCUGAGGUGGAAGUGCAUCUCGACACACAGUCGCCGGUCGAUCUUCCUCUCGAGAAUCCCAGCCAAUCACAGCCAAGCCCAGCGCCCCCUGGUGUGUCUCUGGAGUCUCCACUGCCUGUCACGCAUGGAAAGGCGGAGCUUAUGAUGAUUGACUGCCCAAUAUUUCAGUUCCCAAAGUCUGCCAGCAACUCGUCCGAUCGGGAGAACGAGACGCUGGUGGUGAAGAACAGAGGCAGAAGAAGAGGCCGGCUGGUUGUUCACUCAUUUCUGGGCGUGGCUUUGAGUGAUGUGAGCAAUCUCUCCCCCGCAGCCUAUCAGAAGCCGGCGUGUGCUUUGGCCACUCCCCCGACCUCCGCCCCCAGGCGUCGCUGCACCGGAUCCGUGAACUACAAGGAGCCGUCGAUCAGCUCGAAGCUGCGGCGAGGCGAUAAGUUCACGGACACGCGGUUCCUGCGCUCCCCAAUCUUCAAGCCGGCGGCGGCGGCGCGGCGGAGCCUCCAGAAGAGGGAGAUGUACAACGAGUCGUUCGUCGGCUGCCGCUGAGCUCCCGCAAAACUCAGCAAUUCUGUAUUCGUUUAAUUAAGACUUUUAACUGUCAGUUAUGUAAUUGACUGCUUUUAAAUCUCAUGAUUUAAUUGUGAAUAUUAAUAAAGUUUGUCCUCUUCAUUUUCCUAAA